AAGAACGAAGGGAACAAAAAAAGAGCAGCACACAAAAAUGGCUGCCUAUCCAUCCUUCUUUCCGAAGCUCAAUCCUCUUAACCUCACAGCUGCCAUGAAUGCCUCCCAUUUUCCCUUCGCAUUACCCAUCAGCCCGAGACUGAGCGAGCUCGACGCACUGCUCAGAGUCUUCCUUUCCACCGUCGUCUCCCUAGCUUUCGUCCACACUGUCGUAUCCAGACUCCCCAAGAAACUUCCCCGCCUAAUCGCCACCCUCCCCAUCGUCUACCUCUUCUUCUUCCUCCCCUGGCAGUUGUCCUCUAUCUGCUUUCGCACCAUCGCCGCCUUCUGCCUUUCUUGGAUCUGCAACUUCAAGCUCCUUCUCUUCUGCUUCGAUUCCGGCCCCCUCCUCCUCCACCUUCAUUCCCUCCCCCACUUCGUCGCCUUCGCCGCCCUUCCCGUCCAGGUCAGACUGCCGGAAAGCAGACCAAGCAAAGACCAGAAGUGCGCGGAGCAGCACCACCAUCAGCAUUCCUUCUCAGGAAUGACGGUGCUGAGAGUUGCACUCGGGCUAUCCGUCAUGUUCCUCUCCCUGUGGGCCUUGUCCACCGACUACGCACAACGGCGGCAGGCUCUCGCCGUCCCCCCGCUCUACACCCUGUUGAUGUUCUCCGUCCUCUACAUCUACCUGGCCGUCGGGACCAUUCCGGUGAGUCUGUGCCUCGGCGUCGAGAUCGAACCGCAGUUCGACCGGCCGUACGUCUCUACAUCGCUCGGAGACUUCUGGGGCCACCGCUGGAACCUCAUCGUGACCGCCACCCUCAGGCCCGCCGUGUACUGGCCCGUCCGGUCCGCAUGCUUGCGCCUGCUGGGCUCACUCCCGGCGCGCCUGGUGGCGACUCUGGCGACCUUCCUGGUGUCCGGGCUCAUGCACGAGAUGCUGCUGUACUGCCUGACGGUGGAGCCGCCGACGUGGGAGUGGACCGGCUUCUUCGUCCUGCACGGCUUUCUCUUGACAGGGGAGCUCUGCCUGAAGCGUGCCGUCGGCCCUGUCGCCCUGCCCCGCGCCCUCAAGGUGGCGCUCACUCUGAGCUUGCUCUACGCGACGGCGGUGUGGCUCUUUUACCCGCCGGUGAUAAGGAUCGGCUUGAACUCGAAGGCCAUAGCUGAGAUGCGGUUCGCUUUGGACGUGCUGUUGAGUCGCAUUUAGGGUUGCGGUUCCUGCCUGUCCGGCUACCGGUCGAAAGCUGCAGUUCCGGCGUCCUAUCACCGUCUUUUAAUAAAAACGGCACAAAUUGUGCUAUGUUAGAUGAUCAUUUCCUUGCAAGGUAGAUAGUAGUCAGAAGAUGGUGAAUGUUUUCUUCUUUUUCCUGUCAUUUAAAAUAGCUAUUCUUCGUAAUUCUGCGCCCGAUAACGGAAUAGUUCAAAGAA